AUGCUUCGAACGGUCCUCGGACUGCGGGCUCUCCCCCGAGCAAGAGCAUCACCGACCAGGGCUGCAUGGAGAGAUGUCUGGACGAGGUUUCUAAGCUCCGAGACGAGCCACACGACAGCAGGUGCUAGGCAGUGGCAAAGCCCACCAGGUCCUCUGCAGCUCCUCCGGAGCUUCACGCGCCACUGCGCAAAGCGACCGAACAACGGAACCUGGGGGUCAACGGUGGGGAGGAUGCAGCAACGAGGGUUCAGGUUUUCACCCUGGAGAAGAAGCACGAACGGCACCGGAGAUAAGGUCCCGGAGAGGCUGUCGCUAGGUGCACGGCUGAGAAAGUUGUCCAAGGAAUACGGCUGGUCCGCGGUCGGCGUCUACCUCGGACUCAGCGUGCUCGACUUUCCCUUUUGCUUUCUCCUCGUGAGGGUGGUUGGGACUGAGACCAUCGGCAAGAUUGAGCACUUUGUCAUUUCCAACGUCAAGGCCAUCGUUCCCGAAUCGGCACGGCAGAAAUGGCAUGGGUACUGUCACGCCGUCAAAGAGGCUGAAAACCAGCAGCUGGGCAACGACAACAUCAGCGACAAGGUAGAGAUGGCUGGCUGGGGAGUCAAGGAAGCUCAGGAACGGAACGAAGAGGAAGCCAGCCUGGCGACGCAAUUGGCGCUCGCCUACGCAAUCCACAAGAGCUUUAUCUUUGUGCGAGUGCCGCUGACGGCGGCGGUCACGCCCAAGGUGGUCAAGGUGCUCAGGUCUUGGGGCUGGAAUAUUGGCAAACGCAGCCCGCGAUGA